UGUUUAAUAGUGAUAUUUAAGUCAUCGUAAAGGCAACUUAAACAAAAAGAAUAAAAAUCCUGGUCUGUUGGAUAUAGUACACAUUUAACGGGAAGAUUAGGCAUAAAUUUCGGAGUUCAUUAUGGCGAAAAUGGCUUUUCAACAUCAGGCCGGAACGGCUAUGGAAUGCUUAAGUAUCCCAAUAACUCUUCACAAAGAGAAAGAUUACGAUAGAGAAGGCAGAGAAAUACUGAAAUGUGGCUUUAAAAUAGGAGGUGGUAUUGAUCAAGACUUCAAAAAAAGUCCUCAAGGAUAUACGGAUUAUGGAAUUUAUGUUACGGAAGUGCACGAUAAGAGCCCAGCUUCCCGAGCUGGUCUUCGUAUCCAUGACAAAAUUUUGCAGUGCAAUGGCUAUGAUUUUACAAUGGUAACGCAUAAAAAGGCCGUGAGCUAUAUUCGAAAAAACCCAGUACUAAAUAUGCUCGUUGCCAGAAAGGGAGUAACUUCCACAUAAGUAUUAACUCUUUCACAUUUAUGUCAUUAAAUUGACUAAAGAGCAAAUGGGUAUUUUAUAUCAGAUUGAUUAAAUUAAACACCGUUGUCCGAAUAGGAUGUCAACUUUAUAUGACGAUCCAUCGGCAUUAAUUUUACAUUUAAUCGAUAAAGCAUUUGAAUAAAAGUAUGUAAAAAGCGACUCGUCAGACUUCAGUUGAUGACAUAGUUCAGUAGAUUUUUUACAUAUAUUA